AUGCGUCUCACGUGCCCAUUAAGACAACCGCCGGUGCAGCAGUGGGUCACGGAACAAUUUGGCCACACGCUCCACAUCACGACCAUUCGCCGAAUCCUGAGGGACAAGCACAAGAUCGAGACCUAUAACAUAAAGGAGGAGUCGGCAAAGGGUCGGUACAACUUUCAGGGGCCAAAAUACCCUAAAUUGGACAAACAAGUUGCCGAGUGGGUGGUCGUGGCGAAUGCAAAGAAUGCAUGCGUGACUGGCGAGUUAUUGGCGAGGAAGGGGCUCCAAAUCACCACCGAGCUGAACCUACAAAAUCAAGUCAAAUGCUUCCAUGGGUGGUUGUACCGCCGUUGA